CCCGCAAUGUCUCGCCGCGGGUGCCGGCGAACGCCUCCUUUCGACACCGGCCUCCGACCGGCCCGCCACGGCUACUGCGGUUCGGCGGAGAGCGCCCUCGGCAUCCUGAGCGGCUGCGGUUUGGAGCCCGCCCCCUUGGCGUUCCUCGCUCCUGCAGAGCGGGUUCAUGACGGGCCAGAUCCCUCGCUAUCAACAAGAAACUUUGCGGCGAGCGUUUCCUCCCUCCUCUCCCCGCCCCGGCCCGGCCAAGCCGACGGGCCCUCGGCGCCUCGGGCCGAGGGCCGAUGGGGAUCCGGGUCGAAACGAGGUCACCCCGAGGCCUCUUCCGGCCAGCUUGCCAGCGCCGCGACGCCGUCCAAACAGGAAGCGCGGGACUUCCACGGCGCGGAACCGCAGACGUACCCGACCUCGUGUUCUCUGUGUAAUGCCUGCGUUAUGUCGGCGGCGAACUGGACCGCGCACAUCAACAGCAGCCGACAUGCCGACGGACAACUGGGCCUGCUGCAGCGCUUUCCCGCGUGGGACUGCCGCAUGGAGACGCUCGACAGAGCCGACCGACAGUCGGAGCGGAGGACGGGCAAAGACGGGGGGCCUCUCCGGCGGACCGACGACAGCGGGAGGUCGCAGCCCGCAACGAGCGCCGAGAGGAAGCUCGCUCAGACAGGCAAAGUGGCAUGCGUCAAGUUUGCCGCCGGCUCGGUGGACGAGCCGCACCUGCGCAACCUGACGGAGCCCUUCGGGACCGUCACCGGGAUCCUCAUGUUUCCAUCGCUCGCCUUUGUGGAGUUGGAAUCUGCCGAGCAGGCGCAGGAGCUGGUCAAGUUCCACAAGCGGCGUCCCCCGACCGCGAACGGUCGGCGGCUGGACUUCAGCAUCUCCAGCACCUUUAGCUUCGCCAAGAGCUCUCGCGUGGUCAGCUUCACGCCGCCUCCGCAAUCCGACGACGACAAGUCGGACCUCCUCGCCGUCGUCAAACGCUUCGGCGCGCCCGUCUACACGCUCUUCCGCCGAUCCAAGGCGUGCGUCGAAAUGAAAAGUCUGGAAGAUGCCGAAAAGUUGGUCAAUUAUUAUUCCUGCGCCAACCUGAGGCUCAACGACAAAGUCCUGCGGGUUUCCUUUGCAGCAGAAACCUCCACUCUCAGGAGCGCCGCGUCAGCCCGACGCUACCGGGAAGAAUCGACCGAGAGGACGGGGGGCGGAGACGAAGACAGCGUGCCGGAGGAGUCCAAGGAGAGGAGGGCGGAAGGCCGCGAGGGCGGGUCCGGCGACGGGAGGGCCGGGUCGAAUUCCCGCAAAAGCGAGACCGGGUCGCCGUCCGGAGAUAGGGAGGCCCGGUCCAGGUCCCGGGAGAAAACCUGUCGCUCCGAUGCCCUAACGGCGGACGCGGAGAAGCCCGAGGCCACCGCUUCCGGCGGCGGCGAGCGAGAGCGGAGCGACGUGGACGCAGACUCCGAGCGGGACGGCAGCGACAUCGAGGGAAUGGCGGUCUUAGGCGAGGACCUGGAGGACGACGAUCUGGAAACGGAGGAGGAAGCGGAGGAGCGAAUGCCCGAGGGGGACCAACGGCAAGUCGAACCGGCGGGCGGACCGCUCCCAGGGGCAGAUGGCGGCAAGUGUGGCGAAGGACGACGUCCCGGCAACGCAGCGGAGGAGGCGUCGGAUGAGGAGGCGUUCUCGGAGGACGGCGUGACGUUGGACAAAGCGGGGCGGGAGCAGAGCGGCGCCGCAGGUUCGGAAGCUUGCGGCGGGCGUCUGUUAAGUUUGCGCCGGCAAACUCAAACCCUUGUGCUGAUCAACAAAUAUCGACGCCUCCUCAACGGCUUGGCGGUUCCCCGAGACGAGAGCGGCGAGCACCGACGGCGGCGUAACUCCCGGAGCGAGCGUAGGAGUAGCGAAGACAAAGAGGAGUCCAAAGCCGGAAGCAAGGCUUCAUCCAAAUCAGAGCAAGGGAAAGGAAAAAAAGCUCGGGAGACUCCGGAAAGGGACGAUGCGACCAGGAACUCUGCAGACGUUUUGUCCUCGUCUCACUCCAACUGGGGGAACGCUCGGGACGGGCCGGGAAGCGGCAAGGCUCCUUCUGUCGCGUCAGACGCUGGGAAGAAUACAACCCAAGACGGGAACGCCCGCGGUGGCCAGUCAAACGACGAGAAGGCGCCACAGAAUAAAUCCGAAGCCGGGAAGUCACCGGACAUCCAGUCGGACGACGGCGCGACUCCGGAAGCGGCAUCGCAAGGGGGAAAGACGGCCGAGGUCAAACCGGAAGGCGGUGAGACGGAAGGCCGGCACACUUUGCGAGACGAGUCCAAGGCCCGGAAGAGAAGAAAGGAAGAGAGUGAGCCGCAAAUAAGAAACUCUCCGCAGAGGGAGUCCAAAUCCAGAAAGAGCGGCCAAUGGGAUUCGGAGGCCGGAAAGGCUGCCGACGACGUGCUCUUUUCAAAGGUGCCACAACGGGUGUCCGCCAAAGAUCCCGGAGGCGGCGACUCCAGGCAGGAAGACAACUCGGCCGAGACGCUCGAGGGAAGCGCGUCUCCCGAGGACGCUUGCGUGCGUGGAACGAUCCAAAAGGAAGAGCAAAGAAGCCAAACGUCUGCUGAGAGCGACAAGAAUCAGGAAGCCCGCGGAACCUCGGGUACGCCCGCGACACCCCUCCGGCCUGUCGGAACCGAGUUUGUGCGUCCGGUCGUCGGCUACUUCUGCAACUUGUGUCAAGUGAUCUACGCCGAUGAGGACGAAGCCAAAGUGCGCCACUGCAGCAGCCGCCAGCACCACUUCAAGUAUCGGGAGAAGAUGAAAUUGGCGACCCGAGAGACAACUUGGAGCUGACUUUUUACUUUGCCAAUAAACGUGACGUGACU